CUCAACUGCAACUCCCAACCAUUGCUGUCAAGUGACAGCUUGCGUCUAGGUGACUUCUCUGGCAUACACGGGUCGGUUGCAUUAUUGCAACGAUUGCACCCGCAGAGGUUGGGUGUCUCUUGUUGACACUGUUACUCCAUCAUGCCCAAGAGCAGGCCUGCGUCCCCACGUUGGGCACUCUUGCUGUCCUUCGUGGUUCUAUUUGGAUGCUUUAUCAUACCUGCAGGUGAGAUCUAUCGAGGUUCGUGAUACCCCAUUGGCUCCGAGCUCUAACGGUGCCUCAGUCACUGUUGAACACGCCAACUUUAAGAAAUGCCACCAAUCCGGUUUCUGUAAACGGAACAGGGCGUACGCGGACGAGGUAUCUGCCCAAGGCUACUCUUGGAACUCCCCAUACGAACUCGACGCCGCUUCUAUUCGGUUCAAAGAUGGCCAAUUGCAAGGAACAGUUGUCAAAACGGUAUCCGCCAAUGAGAAGGUCAAGUUACCUCUCACGAUCUCUUUCCUCGAGUCGGGUGCCGCACGCGUUACUGUCGAUGAAGAAAAACGUCUCAAGGGUGACAUUGAGCUUCGGCAUGGUAGCAAGGUGCGCAAGGAGCGAUACAAUGAAGUCGAGAAAUGGGUUUUGGUUGGUGGCUUGGAGUUAAGCAAGUCUGCGACCUUGAAUCCCGAAACGGAGUCGGGUUUGACGAAGGUGCUAUAUGGCCCAGAAAAUAAAUUCCAAGCCAUCAUUCGCCAUGCUCCUUUUGAUGUACAGUUUCAAAGGGAUGGUCAGACCCAUGUCCAAUUUAACAACAAGGGUUACCUGAAUGUCGAACACUGGCGACCAAAAGUAGACCAUCCCGAAGGUGAUGGCGAAAAGGAGAAAGAAGAAACCUGGUGGGAAGAGACCUUUGGCGGAAAUACAGACUCAAAACCCAGAGGACCGGAGAGUGUAGGGCUCGAUAUCUCAUUCCCAGGCUACAGUCACGUUUUUGGCAUUCCAGAGCACGCAGACUCGAUGUCCUUGAAGGAGACCAGGGGUGGCUCUGGAAAUCAUGAAGAGCCAUAUCGUAUGUACAACGCUGAUGUUUUCGAGUACGAGACCAACAGCCCCAUGACGUUGUAUGGUUCCAUUCCUUUCAUGCAAGCGCAUCGCAAGGAUUCCACUGUGGGUGUCUUCUGGCUGAAUUCUGCCGAGACUUGGGUAGACAUUGUCAAGACGAAAUCCUAUCCCAAUCCGCUUGCCUUGGGCGUUGGCGCGAAGACGACCACUCAAACUCAUUGGUUCUCCGAAUCUGGCCGACUGGAUGUCUUCGUCUUCUUUGGUCCCUCACCACAGGAAAUUAGCAAGGCCUAUGGUGAACUCACUGGGUAUAGCCAGCUCCCUCAACAAUUUUCCCUUGGAUACCACCAGUGCCGCUGGAAUUAUGUUACCGAUGAGGACGUUAGAGAGGUCGACAGGAAGUUCGAUAAAUAUAAAAUCCCCUACGAUGUCAUUUGGCUGGAUAUCGAGUAUACAGACGGCAAAAAGUACUUCACUUGGGACCCCCUUACUUUUCCUGAUCCAAGAGGCAUGCAGGAACAGCUUGACGAAUCCGAGCGGAAGCUUGUGAUUAUCAUUGAUCCACACAUCAAAGUUGAGAGCGGCUAUCCGGUAGUCGAGGAACUGAAAAGUAAUGGAUAUGCCACCAAGAGCAAGGACGACAACAUCUAUGAAGGUUGGUGUUGGCCGGGCUCAUCUCACUGGGUGGACUGCCUGAAUCCCGAGGCCGCUAAGUGGUGGGCUGGCUUGUUCCCAUAUGACAAGUUUAAGGAUACGCUACAUAAUACCUUCAUCUGGAACGACAUGAACGAGCCAUCCGUUUUCAACGGCCCCGAAACCACGAUGCCGAAGGACAAUGUUCACCAUGACAACUGGGAGCACCGAGAUAUCCAUAACAUUAACGGUAUCGCCCUUGUCAAUGCGACAUAUAAUGGACUUCUUGAGCGCAAGAAAGGCGAAAUCCGACGGCCGUUCGUUCUUACACGAUCAUAUUAUGCUGGCGCUCAGCGGAUGUCUGCUACGUGGACGGGAGAUAACCAAGCUAGCUGGGAAUACCUGGCCAUCUCACUCCCUAUGGUUUUGAAUAACGGUAUUUCUGGAUUUCCCUUCAUUGGCGCCGACGUUGGUGGCUUUUUCGGCGAUCCCAGCAAAGAGCUCUUGACACGGUGGUACCAAGCAGGCAUAUGGUAUCCUUUCUUCCGCGGACAUGCCCAUAUUGAUACCCGUCGACGAGAGCCUUACCUGAUCGGCGAUCCGUACACGGCUAUUAUUGCACAAGCUAUUCGACUGAGAUAUCAGCUUCUGCCUGCCUGGUACACUGCGUUUCACGAAGCUUCCGUGAAUGGAACUCCAGUCGUGAGACCCCAGUUCUACGUCCAUCCGGCGGACGAAAGUGGCUUUGACAUUGACGACCAACUCUAUCUAGGAUCUACUGGCCUUCUCGCUAAACCAGUUGUAUCUGAAGGAGCGACUUCUGUUGACAUUUAUAUCGCUGACGACGAAAAGUACUUCGAUUAUUUUGAUUAUACUAUCUACCAGGGAGCUGGUAAAAGACAUACGGUUCCCGCACCUCUGGAAAAGAUCCCAUUGCUGAUGCAAGGUGGCCACAUUAUUCCUCGCAAGGACCGGCCUCGCCGCAGCAGCGGACUGAUGAAGUGGGAUCCGUAUACAUUGGUGGUUGCCCUGGACAAGAAUGGCAAGGCAGAUGGAACCAUCUAUAUUGACGAUGGGGAGACUUUCGACUAUGAGAGUGGAGCCUACAUUCAUCGUCGUUUUAGCUUCCAGGACUCCACCCUCUCAUCGGAGGAUGUUGGCACCAAGGGUCCCAAAACAGCUAAGUUCCUGAAGUCUAUGGAGGGUGUCAGGAUUGAGAAGGUGGUGAUCGUUGAUCCGCCCAAGGAAUGGCAAGAGAAGUCAAGCGUAACCGUGAUCGAAAACGGUGCGAAGGCAGCGUCUACCUCGCCGCUGGAAUAUUUUGCCCAGGAACGUGGAAAGGCGCCCUUUGCUAUACUGAAGGAUCCCAACGUUGGUAUUGGGAAUACUUGGAGCAUCGAGUUUUGAGAUGAAUCUCUCAUAGCGUUAGCCACCUUCACGCUGCUUUUUGGUUAGUUUCAACAUGUGGAUAUCAUUCACCCAGAGGGCUAUAUCCAGAAAUUCAGCAUUUACCUUCUAAUGUGUGAUAAAAAAGAGAGUUCUUGUAAUAAGUUCCAGGGAUGUGUCUCUCAGUCGAUUGCCAAGCAUUGGCAGAGUACAAGCUUUGGGUCCAUCAAGGCAGCUCUGCAUAGUACCCUGUCCAGUGUGCCUAGGCACUCUGUACGUCGUCUCCAAACAAGUAGCAAUGGG